AUGCACCCGCUCUGGAGGAUGGAUCACGUUUUCAUCUACAUCAACGCAGCCCUGUUGUUUUAUUUUAGCUAUGCCAGCCUGUUCCUCGUGGAGGCAGACAGCCCGUCCGCCCCAGUCAAUGUCACAGUCAAACAUCUGAAGGCCAACUCGGCUGUUGUGACCUGGGAUGUUCUGGAGGAUGAAGUUGUUAUUGGAUUUGCAAUCUCCCAGCAGAAGAAGGAUGUGCGGAUGCUGCGCUUUAUCCAAGAGGUGAACACUACCACCCGCUCGUGCGCCCUCUGGGACCUGGAGGAGGACACCGAGUACAUUGUGCACGUCCAGUCCAUCAGCAUCCAGGGCCAGAGUCCAGCCAGUGAACCAGUCCUCUUCAAGACCCCCAGGGAAGCCGAGAAGCUGGCUUCAAAGAAUAAAGAUGAGGUGACGAUGAAGGAGAUGGGGAAGAACCAGCAGCUGCGAGCUGGGGAAAUUCUCAUCAUUGUCGUGGUGUUAUUCAUGUGGGCAGGAGUGAUCGCCCUGUUUUGCAGGCAGUAUGACAUCAUCAAAGAUAACGAACCAAAUAACAACAAGGAGAAAGCCAAGAGUGCGUCUGAGAGCAGCACUCCGGAGCACCAGAGCGGAGGGCUCCUGCGCAGCAAGUUUCCAAAAAACAAGCCUUCAGUGAAUAUCAUCGAAGCAUGA